AUGUUAACAGGAUCUCUGCCUUUCCAUCAGCUGUCGUGUGUGUUGGUAGCGGCCCUUUAUACAUGGAGAGUUUCUGCAAAUGUGCAACAUCCACAAUACCUACAGGAUGUUUAUUACGGUGUCCAGAUCUCCUACAUCUCGACGCUGGUGACUCACGUGGCGUUAAUUAUCCUCAGCAUCUUCCUCAUUGUGGGAGUUAUCCAGGAGCGCAUGAGCCUACUGACGCCCUGGGUGGUGGCUAACAUUACCUUCAUGGCCCUGGAGGCUGUGUGCUGCGUGUAUUCCAAUGUCCUCAGAGAUCAUAUUAACAAGAGAUUUGACUCCCUUUGUAAGGCUGAGAUGGCGUUCUUCCUUACAAGAGGUUUCUUUAACGUUCUGGCUCUGACCGGCGUAAUGAAGUUCUUCAGGAACCUACGAGCUGGCAUCACCUACAGGGACCCCGAGGCUAUCGAACUAUAGGCCCUGUCCAUACCGUACCUGGGCUUUCACCUGCUGGCACUGUGCCACCUGAAAACAUGAAGGAAAAAAAUGGGUGCACGCCAUCUGUUCUUCAGAUGGUUAUCACGCCAUUCGAGCAUAAGAACGUGGUGUAUUUCCCACGACCAAAAAAAAACAAAAACAAAAACAAAAACAAACUUGUAUAUUUGUGUAUAUUCGUGUCUUGGUUUUGUGUUAUAAUUAUAGGGUGUGUGUGUGUGUGUGUGUGUGAUGGGGAGGGGGGAGGGGGUACACGUA